AUGGUUAUUCAUCUUUCACUCAAUCUCUGCUUUUAUCUCCUUUUAGCCAAGUCUGUUCUUGCCUUGCCUGCCGCCGACACCGGGCUUUCCAGCGAGCCAUAUGGAAUCCCCUCACACGACCUCCCCGCCCGUGCUGUAGAUACUCUGGAAAACACCCUACCAGACACGUUCACAGACCCGUCCCAGAGGCAGGACUGGGGUGACCUUUUCGAGAACAUCGAUAGCCAAGAGAAUACACAGGAAUCACAUAGUCUUGCAAAAAGGGCGUCGUUUCCAAUAACUUCAAGAGCUUCAGGCGGUGAUUAUUUUUGCUCGCCACAUGGUCCUUGGGUUGAUGUGGAUUGGUUUUUCAUAUUAAAGGUCCGAGAGUUUUGCAAAGGUUCUCCAUUUACUAAAAACCCACGGCACAACACCUUCCAUGACAAAGAGAAGAAGAUAGUCUUGUCAUAUUUCCCUUCGCCAGGGAGUUGCUCUGCUACUGAUUGCCUAAAUGCGUUCAAUAACGGGUGGAAAAAAUGCAUCAACUUAAAUGGCCAACACGCCCGUAUCGGUUCUACCAUGACAAAGAAAUGCGGCUCGUUCAAUUGGUCGAUUACCCCGAUGAAAGGGAAGAAGACUUGGAGGAGGUCGAACACAAUCUCUGCCAGAGCCAAUCGGGCUUCGACGUUGCUAUCAAAACGUAGAUAUGCUAAAGGAAGAUGCUCAUUCCACCUCACCGAGACCUACAAGUGCACCAAUCCCGCUCAGCUGUAUGCUUCGAUCAAACUGUUCGAUAGUAAGAAGGUUGUCAUUGGUCAAACAGAUAAUAAGUUGAACAAGGGACUAGGUCCACGGAUCAAUGGAAAGAGGCCUUUCGAAAUGACAAGCAAGCUACCGUACGUGCUUCUCGUUAAAGCCAAGAACGAAAAUGAAGUGCAUUUCGAUUAUGGCGCGUCUCACUGGAAUAGCAAAGUCAGGUCUGGGUCUGCGAAUUGCGCUCAGGGAGGGUGGGAUCCGAGGGAGUUAAGCGAGAUGUGCCUUAUGGGUAACCACCCAAACCAAGGGCAGCGCACUCGACAGAUGGAUUGCUCGUUCCCUUGUUGA